AUGAGAUUCUUCAAUAUGGAUCCACCUCGACAGGAGCCUUCCCCAACCAGAAUGGGCGUUGAUGCAAUAGGAGAGCAACAAGCCGAUAUAAAUGCACGAAGAGAAAACAGACCAGCACUUAGGGUCAAGGUUUUGUGGAAGAUGUUGAAGCUUAUAGCUGUCAUUCUCCUCUUUCUUGUGUGGCUGAGUGAAGCGAGUAUAACACCAACAGAAGACACAACAAGCGCUGCUCCAGUGCGACAAGUUUUAAAAGAAGUGCCUUCAGCGAAACAAGAAGUGCCUUCAGUGAAACGAAGAAUCAGAACGAAAAGGAUAGUGACCAGGGAUGUUGUAACAGAACCAAGGCAAAAGAGACUUGUUCCCCGGUACCGACACAAGAUCAGAGCAAGGGAGGUUCUCAAUCUCGUCGCCAUUGAAAAGCCAAUAGAAACCAUAGUCUCUGCUAUGACUUACGGUUUGUUGAAAGGAGCACGCUCUUUCGAUGUGCAAAUGAGGAGUGGUGGAAGUGGACCACACCAUUUCAAAAUCGAUGUUGCAAAGUGA